AGCCAGAUACGACAUGCGCUGAGGAUUCAACAGAGAAACCCCGAGAUAAUCUUCUAUCUUCCAUCCAUUAUAACAGUACAGUACCCCAGAGCCUUAGUUCCGAGGGAGACGGUUACUAGUAUUCUUCUUGUCUUAUGGAAUGUUCGGUCAAUAUGAACUCCGAGGCUUAACUCAGGGAGGUCUUUUUGCCGGGCGAACUUUCAUUCAAUCGUCAAAUUAUAGCAGCAUCUUAUUUAAAGCUGGGAGUAUAUCACUGAAUCCAAGAGCCGUAGUUCUUUCUUCACAUGGUCGCAUUAACUCUUGUAAUCGCAUCGCUCCUCAUGAGCUCUCUGCUUUAUCGAUGGUUCAGACGUCCGUCAGUCAAGCACGUCAAGGGACCACCGUCAGCCUCUUUCUGGCUAGGUAAACGAUCAUACUUUGAUGAUGCUGGUGAUCUCGAAACGAAAUGGCAUAGGGAAUAUGGCACACUUUAUCGUGUUGGGGGCUAUUUUGGGCAAGACGUCCUGGUAGUGUGCGACCCCAAGGCUUUCGAACAUAUUUUCCACAAGUCACGACCUUAUCCAAAAUCGAAGGAUACCACCUUCAUCCAGGGUCUCCUCCUUGGUCAGGGGCUUGUCACUGUCGCUAAUGAAACUCACCACCGCCAACGCAAAAUCCUGAAUGCUGCAUUCUCUCUUACGCAGCUCCGAAAAUACGAGGUUAUCUUUCAGCAAUGCUCUGACAAGCUUGUGAACGAGAUCAGGAGAACUGUGACUGGUACAGAUAAAAUCGUCAAUGUCCUUGAUUGGACAAGCAAGGCGACCCUGGACAUAGUUGGGCUAGCCUCUUUCCGGUAUGAUUUUGGUUCGCUCGAUGGUCAAACAACGGAACUAGGGCGAACAAUGAAGCAUCUUUUCACUGCCUCGCAAUCCAAUAUAACGGCACUAGAGCUUAUGCUUAUAGCUCUGAUACGAAUGCUUCCAGAUUGGGUCCUAGGAUUCCUACAGCUGAUCUCUACUCGAGAGACUCGUUUAAUCGUCAGCGUAGGAAAUGCCGCCAAGCAAACUGCCCGAGAGAUCAUGGAUAGCCUGGAUAACAAGGCGCAGACGCCAGGCGAUGACAAAGACGUCGUUAAUCUCCUAGGCGCAGCUAAUGUUCGUGUCAUAUUUCUACUUAACCUUCUUGAUGGCGACCUUUUGUGUUCCAGGACCUUCGUCAUUGCCGGGCACGAGACGUCGAGUACUAGUCUAGCCUGGCUGCUAUACGAACUCGCCGUGCAUCCUAAGCAUCAGUCCAUAAUUCGCGCAGAGCUCAAACAGUCAAAUGACUACGACUCGAUGCCAUUCUUGAACGCAGCUAUCAAAGAGGCUCUCCGUCUACACCCAAUUGCACAUUCCUUGAUACGUACCGCUCCUCAUGAUGAUGUCCUCCCUCUUUCAGGAGGUAAAACGCUUGCCAUACCCAAGGGGCAGACGCUCACUUGUUCCGCUUACCUAUACAACCGUCUGCCGUCUCUCUGGGGAGACGACGCAGAAGAGUGGAACCCCGGCCGGUUUCUUGACAAGACUCUGCCGGUCUCCCUUGGUGUGUACGCUAAUCUGAUGUCAUUUAGUGCUGGAUCUCAUUCGUGUAUCGGGUGGAGAUUUGCUGUCAUGGAAAUUCAAACAGUUUUAGCUAACCUGAUUCUGCACUUCGAAUUCAGUUUGCCCGAGGGAGGAGUCGAGGUCCUACAUUUUCCCAGAACAGGGGUCGUACCCUUUGUGAAGGGGAAAGCACAUUUAGGCUCUCAGCUACCUUUAAGGGUAAGGGUUUCACAUUAGUGAAUGAUAGUCGCUUCAGAGACUGCCAGGGGCAUCUAUUACCACCACCACCACCACCACCACCAUCACUACCGUUAAAUUAACUUGCACUUGCACAUGUACUAAAUCUUCUUUAUCCUUCCUUCUUACUUCG